CACUGUCGUCGCCUUCUAUCAUCAUCAGGGUUUAAGAAUUCUCCUCUCGUUCUCUCCCUCUACUGAAACAUGGAGUCUCUUGCUAAGCUCCACCAGCGCCAACAGCCACUCCACCUCUCUCUCUAUGACCACCGCCCUUCAUUUUCUAGACCAAUUUCUUCAUUUUCUUUCAGAACUUCUUCUUCAUCUUCAACCUCCAAAUCACUCUUCAUCAGAGCAUCCUCCUCCCCUUCAUCAUUUUCGCGUCACUCGCCUACUCAAGACCACCAAAAUCCUAAAUCCCCAUUCUUCGAAACCCUAUUACCCCACUUCUUCAAAGCCUCCUGCAUCGCCAUAGCCGCCGCUGCCGUCUUCUUCGCGCGAUUCAACGUUAAACCUGUCAUCGCCGCACCGGCUGCAACGGUGGAGCCUUUCAAACAAUCCACGAUGGACAGCGUUUCGGAUGAAGAGAAAGAAAAGACAGUCGAAGAGUACGUCGAGUCUCACCCAGAUGACGUCGAAGGGCUCAAGUCCCUCAUGGAAGUCAAGAUCAAGAAUCGAAAGCUUCAAGAAGCGGUAGAUGUUAUUGAACGUUUGAUUCAACUUGAACCCGACGACAAGGAAUGGCCAUUGUUGAAAGCCCAUCUCUAUAGCUACUCUGGAGAGUCUGAAUUGGCAAAAUUAGGGUUCGAAGAGAUACUCUCUGCAAACCCUCUUACCGUGGAAGCUUAUCAUGGUCUAGUAAUGGCGGUUUCACAAUCCGAUUCUGGCGAUGAAUUGAAUCAGGUUCUGAAGAGAAUUGAGGCGGCAAUGGAGAGGUGCAAGAAAGAGAAGAAGAAGGAGGAUUUGAGGGAUUUUAAGCUUUUGGUGGCUCAAAUUAGGGUAAUUGAGGGGAAAUACAAUGAUGCAUUGAAGGUUUAUCAGGAGCUUGUGAAGGAGGAGCCUAGGGAUUUCCGUCCAUAUCUAUGUCAGGGGAUUAUAUAUACUUUGUUGAGGAAGAAAGAUGAGGCAGAGAAACAGUUUCAAAAGUAUAGGAGGCUGGUUCCGAAGGGGCACCCUUAUGCCCGGUAUUUUGAUGAUAAUAUGAUUGCAACGAGGGUUUUUUCACAAAUGGCAGAGAAUCAGAGAUCGGGUUCCAAGAGCUGAAAGAAGUGGUUGAGGAAUGUAAGUGGUGGUUAACAAAUAGUGAGGUUCUUUUUUCCCCUUUUAUUUUCAUCUUGUACUUGUCUAUGUUUCCUGUUGUCGUUUGUUUUUAAACCAUAGGCAAUUAAGUUAAUCAUGAAGAAUAACUUUAGAGGCUUGGACAAUUUAAUGGUUCUAUGAUUAUUAUCUGAGUAUUAUGGGUAGAAGUCAUUUAAAGCGGCAAA